AACUGCCUUCCGAUUCCCUCAUCGGUGUUAGAAUUGUUGUGCAUGUGUUCGCAUUGCCGGAUGCACCGGAGGAAGAAUAUCAAUCAACCUCUUUGAAGCUUUUGACAAGGUACUACAAUGGACACAUGGCACAAGAUGUUGUGGAAGAGGUUCCACAAAGGGAAGCCAAUUUUCUUACCCAACUUCGUCAAAAGAAAGGAAGAGUACAUUACAUUGGUGUCUGCACUAACCCUUCCUCUGAGGACUUGGACCUUUGGGAGAGUUGAGGCUUCAAAAUACUCUUUGUUGGACAUGUUAAGUCGAUGGUUGAGAUUACAUGUGUGAUGAUUAUACCAUUACAUGAUUACGAGGCACAUGUUGCUAGACAUUUCGGGAACUGCUCAUUUGAUGAGCUUUUUAGAGCCUUCUCUCGCAUAUUCAUCGGAGCUUUAGCAUAUCUUGUCAUUGAUCACUUUUUUGCCUUGAGGAUAUUGAGGCGCAACAUUGAGUUGGUCCAGCAAGGUGAGCCUGUGCCUGCUAAGAAACCUUGGGAGAAUCUGACUGAUGAAAAGAGAAUUGAAGCUUUCAUCCGGGGGACCCACCAAAUAGAGUUGGUCAUUCAUAAAUUGGUACCAUCGAUUGCUCGGACAUAUUUUGACAGAUCACUCCCAGUCCUAUUGUCUACCGACCAAGAGUGUGUUUUGUUCCUCUUGGGUCUGCGGUGUUAUCUUGUACGACAGGUUAAGGAAGUUUUGCAUUUGACCACCGAUGAUGAGAUUUUGCAACAUAUGAGAGGUGUUUUUCGAGAUGUGUUGGAUUGUUUCAACACAUUAUCUCCAGAGGUAGGUUGAUUCUAGGCAGCUUAUGAAUUUAGUUAUUGAAAACUUUUGAUUGUUUAAAAAUGAACUUAUUUAAUAAGCACUUAGAUGUUCCUGUAUAAAACUUCUUUUCUUUUAAUUUGUCUAUAAUCUUUUGAAUUCCAUAUUUUUCU